UCCUCAACCCUAAUUUCCUCGUGCUCUCUGCCCCUUUUCGGAUCUCUCUCCUUCUCUCUCUAUAUACUCUCUCUCUUAAAAAAAUUCUUUAUGGCGGAUGUUGAGUUCAGAUGUUUCGUCGGAGGCCUUGCCUGGGCCACCGACGACCGCUCCCUCGAGCAGGCCUUCUCUCAGUACGGUGACGUCAUUGAAUCGAAGGUCCGUUACCGCUAGAUCUGACGUCGCGGAGAUCGGUCCAUCACCGUCCGUUAGAUCUGUGUUACUGUGUUACUUGUUUUACUGUUCUCUCUCUUGCGAUUACUAUAUGUUACUCUCUCUCACUUUUAUUGAAUCUCCUGAAACGAUCAUUAAUGAUAGGGAGACUGGGAGAUCGAGGGGAUUUGGAUUCGUGACGUUCAAGGACGAGCAGUCGAUGAAGGACGCGAUCGAGGGGAUGAACGGGCAGGAUCUUGACGGCCGUAACAUCACCGUCAACGAGGCUCAGUCCCGCGGAAGCGGCGGCGGCGGCGGCGGAGGUGGAUUCCGCAGUGGGGGAGGUGGCGGUGGUGGACGCCGUGACGGAGGCGGUUAUGGAGGCGGCGGCGGGGGUUACGGUAGCAGGAGUGGUGGAGGCGGUAGUGGUGGAUAUGGAGGCGGUAGUGGUGGUGGUGGAUAUGGAGGCGGUGGCAGGGAUAGGGAUGGUGGAUCCAGGUACUCGUCAAGGGCAGGUGGUGAUGGUGGAAGCUGGAGGAGUUAGGUUUCUCUAGGGUUUCAGAAUAUGAGGUUGAUCUUGGGAAAUUAUCUGGUGUUUGCUGCUUCUUGUUUACUUAUAUGUUGGGUAUUUGUUCUGUCGUCGUUUUAGGGUUAUCUGGUUGGUUACUUUGUUAGUGGUACUGUCCUUUUUUUGACCGCUGGUUCUCUGUGAUGCGUCCGUGAUGUUUUUGAUUCUUGUAAUGAGUAAAAAAGAAGAUUCAAUGAAUGAAUGAAAGUGAAUUAAUUGGGGCUUCAA